UUGUCAUAAUUCGUUAAAAAUAGAUAAAUAAGAUAAUAAAGUUAUUUUCUCUUUGAUGUUCCCGUCUUCUUCUCUCUAGCUCCAUGGCGGAUCCAUGUUUCUUCAGGGUUUAUAAACUGCACAAUAAGAUUAAAUCAGUUCCAAUUUCUGUGUACUAGAUCCAACAUCCUUGUUCCAAAAAGAAUAUUGAUAGAAUUCUGUGCUAUCUGUAGUUCUGCUAGCAAAAAGAUUAAAUGGAGUGGCCAGUAAUCGUCAUUACAUUGGUUGUGCUGUGGGUGGCUUCACUCUUUAAAAUUCUCCAUGAAUCUCUCUCUGCCUCACAAGCUGCAGUUCUAAAUGAUGGUAAAGGUGGAGUAUUUCACAACAGAAAUGUCUUAUUGGUUGUUGCCCAUCCUGAUGAUGAGUCUAUGUUCUUUACUCCAACCCUUAAUUAUUUAUCUUCGAGAGGAUGUAAUUUGCACAUAUUAUGCAUGUCAACAGGUAAUGCAGAUGGUAUGGGCAAUGUCAGAAAAGAAGAACUUUAUUUAGCUUCGAUUGUACUUAAGGUUCCACAAAAGCAAGUGAAAGUCCUUGACCAUCCAGAUCUACAGGAUGGUUUUGGCAAAUCAUGGAACUCUAAGUUAUUGUCAAAGAUUAUCAAGAAGGAAAUUGUCAAUUCUGCAAUUGAUUUGGUCAUAACUUUUGAUAAUUAUGGAGUCUCAGGUCACUGUAACCAUCAAGACGUUCAUCAAGGUGUACGAAAACUGUUGCAAGAUACUUCACAUAAAGAAGUUGAUGCCUGGGAGCUUAUUAGCACUAGCAUAUUGCGCAAGUACAGUGGACCAGUUGACAUAUGGCUGUCCCUUCUAUCUGCUAAGUUCCAUUUAAGCGGAGUAAGGCAUUGUUUGCUAAAUGAACAUCCCAGAAGGAGCUUAGCUGCAAUGGCUCAGCACAAGAGCCAGUGGGUUUGGUUUCGCAAGCUAUUUGUUUCUUUCUCAAGUUACACAUAUGUUAACUGCCUUAAGAAGAUCAAUUAGAUACUUAUAAGGUUAUUGAUCAGUUCCGCAUCUCAGAAGCUUUAGAAAGUGAAGGCAGUGUUGGAAUUACUGGUAAUAAAAAAAUAUUAUUUAUUAAGUAAUAAGUGCUUUGGUUUUGGUGAAUAAUAUAGUUUUGGUGGCACACAGCCAGUUAAUUAUAAGAGAUUAAUUCCUAUUCUAAUUCUCUUCUUUUUUUUGCUUCCUCUGUUGAACAACAUUGCUGGACUUUUGAAAAUGUUAACAUUUUUGUGUGAUUUACAUGAAUGACCUUGAACUUUUGA